AUGGAUCAGCUCUCGCAAAGAACAAACAAGUCGCUAAGACGAUUGCACUCGUUAUUAUUCCUUUUGAUAGUAUGUCUCGUCGAACACAACAUGGCAGCUACAGAUGAAGAGUCUGACUGCAAACUGUCACUCGGAUUCGCUGGUGAAAUCGUGGCAAUGAUUUUGUACACCACGUUAGCUAUCGUCGGAUCGCUGGGGAACAUCUUUGUGAUUCUUGUUAUUUACCGCACACCAACUUUGAGGAACGUGUGCGGAAUCUUGAUAGCAAACGUGGCAUUAGCUGAUCUGAUGGUGACAGCAGUAGUAAUGCCUCUAAUGUCCUAUGUACUAAUUCAGGGGUUAAUAUAUAAGUGCAUAUAUCAUACUCCAAUUUUUGUUGCUUGGAUAAUAGCACUUUUCUCUGCUGGUUCCUCGCUCAUUACGCUAACUAUCCUCAGUGUGGAUCGGUGCUUUGCCAUCUGUCGUCCGUUGAAGCACAAAACGAUUGUAACCAAAACAAAGGCAAAGAUAGUCAUGGUAAUGAUGUGGAUCCACUCUUUGAUCCUUCCUCUUUUAGAGACAUUCUAUCCCGGAUCAACCAUUGCAAAGUUUUUUCACACCAUUGGCGUGGUGUGCUGUUAUUCGUAG